GGCGCCUUCGCGCCUGCGCGCCGUUGGCCGACCGAGCGGAGCCUGCCGAUGCCGAGCGGGCGCUACGUCCCGCGGUCGGAGCCGCGUUUUCUCCCGGCUCCGCCAACAGCCGGGGCUCGGGUGGGGGCCCGGGCCCCCGGGGCAUGGCCCUCCGGAGUGCGCAGGGCGACGGCCCCAACUCCAGCCACUGGGACGGCGGCACGGAGAAGGCAGACUUUAACGCCAAAAGGAAAAAGAAAGUGGCAGAGAUACACCAGGCUCUGAACAGUGAUCCCACUGAUGUGGCUGCCCUUAGACGCAUGGCUAUCAGUGAAGGAGGGCUCCUGACUGAUGAGAUCAGACGAAAAGUGUGGCCCAAGCUCCUCAAUGUCAAUGCCAAUGACCCACCUCCUAUAUCAGGGAAGAACCUACGGCAGAUGAGCAAAGACUACCAACAAGUGUUGCUGGACGUCCGGCGGUCGUUGCGGCGGUUCCCUCCUGGCAUGCCAGAAGAACAGAGAGAAGGGCUCCAGGAAGAACUGAUUGACAUCAUCCUCCUCAUCUUGGAGCGCAACCCUCAGCUGCACUACUACCAGGGCUACCAUGACAUUGUGGUCACAUUUCUGCUGGUGGUAGGCGAGAGGCUGGCAACAUCCCUGGUAGAAAAAUUAUCUACCCACCACCUCAGGGAUUUUAUGGAUCCAACAAUGGACAACACCAAGCAUAUAUUAAACUAUCUGAUGCCCAUCAUUGACCAGGUGAAUCCAGAGCUCCAUGACUUCAUGCAGAGUGCUGAGGUGGGGACCAUCUUUGCCCUCAGCUGGCUCAUCACCUGGUUUGGGCAUGUCCUGUCUGACUUCAGGCACGUCGUGCGGUUAUAUGACUUCUUCCUGGCCUGCCACCCACUGAUGCCCAUUUACUUUGCAGCCGUGAUUGUGUUGUAUCGCGAGCAGGAAGUCCUGGACUGUGACUGUGACAUGGCCUCGGUUCACCACCUGUUGUCCCAGAUCCCUCAGGACUUGCCCUAUGAGACACUGAUCAGCAGAGCAGGGGACCUUUUUGUUCAGUUUCCCCCAUCUGAACUUGCUCGGGAGGCCGCCGCCCAACAGCAAGCCGAGAGGACGGCAGCCUCUACCUUCAAAGACUUUGAGCUGGCAUCAGCCCAGCAGAGGCCUGAUAUGGUGCUGCGGCAGCGGUUUCGGGGACUUCUGCGGCCUGAAGAUCGAACAAAAGAUGUCCUGACCAAACCAAGGACCAACCGCUUUGUGAAAUUGGCAGUGAUGGGGCUGACGGUGGCACUUGGAGCGGCCGCACUGGCUGUGGUGAAAAGUGCCCUGGAGUGGGCCCCUAAGUUUCAGCUGCAGCUGUUUCCCUGAAAGCCAGAGAAGACCUUCCUCUUACAUCACAUUAAGGUCUCACCCUUCCAUGGAAGGAUUGGGAGGGGUGGAAUUUCCUUUAUUAAAAGGGUUUCUGUCUAGAGUUUUCUAUUCCUGCCACCCUGCCCUGCCUGUUCGUGUUUGCCUUUACUUCAGAGGCCAAUAGGAGAGCCUACCUGACACAGAGGGCACUUGGGGGCCUGGCACAGAAUCUUAUGCCCCUCCCAGUGGGCUUUUGGAUGGGCUCUCUGCCACCUCCCGUGGUGUUGGAGGAAGUGGGUUUCUGAAGCUUCCAGCUGCCUUUGCAACCUGCUGGGCCUGGGCUGCCCUAGUUACCGGGAACCUCCUAGUUACCCCGUAGAAAGUGAGCUGGAGCACGGGAUGCCCUCUUCACUGCUCCUGGUCUGCCCGCAUCCGAUGAACACAGGAGGAGGGGCUGCUGCUGAAGGAGUCAGGCUUGGGAUUGAGAACAAGAGGCCAAAGGACUCGUCUGGGAGCAUGAUCGGCCCCUCUUACUAGCAGCUCCAUCAGCUGGUCAGAAAUCAGAGACAGAAGGGAACUAGGUUACUUGUUAAAUCCUACCUAUUUUCCGCCUAGAGAUUGCAUGGGCAUUUCCAGUCAAGUGGGAAGGAAUGCUCAUUUUUAGGGCCUAGACCUAGACUAGUUUUGCCUGCCUUUUUUUUUUUCCUCCCUGUUUUCUUCUACAAGCCACAAAACAUUGCUUAUAAAAAGUACUUUUGUUACUAUUUUUAGAAUAUAUACACCCCAUAUGUAAAUUACCCUCACUUUUAAAGUAAUAAUAGUUCCUUCACAGAAAAAAAAAAUAGUUCUCAUCAGAAGGAUGAGCUUCUAAGAUCCUGAAUUUUACUUUCUACUUGAUUAACAUUUCACUUUAGACAGAGUUGCUAUUUGCAAACAGCUUUCCACUUCCAAAGUGCCACUUUCUGACCAGUUUUUCUUCCUGUUUUCCUCAAAUCAUACUACUCCCACAUAGGCGCCCAUUCACUACCUUAGCGUCGUUUUUUGGGUCUGAUUUGUCUCGUCAACUGGUCUCUCCCACCUGGUUGGAAAUGUCAUUGGAAACUUGCUGGCACCCAGAAAGGAACAAAUGGAGCCUGAAGAGCUUGGCAGGAGCCUGGAACAGCCAACUUCCCUGCCCAAGCUUCUCCAAAGACUCUCCAGGCCUUAGGGAACAAGAGGCAUCACUCAGUCCUUCCGGGACAGCUUCCCUCUAAGCAAAGCCAGGUUUGUUUUAGAUUAACUCUGGCCUGAAAAAAAAAAAGUGCCUUUUGCUGCUUUAAAGAAUUGGGGUAUAUGGUAUGAAGCAGCCAUGUACUUGUAUUUUCCUGGUCUUUCCUGGGCACUGAUCUCUCUUGGCAGGUGUUUUCUUAAAGUGAACACACCAGAAGCACUCCACCCCACCAUAUCCAGACCUCCAUGCCCUCCUUGCAUGCCUGUUGUGUGCAGGGUGGAGGGUGUCCCACAUGCCAGGCAGCUGGCGAGCCAGAGCAGCUGGGAGCCGUGUCCACUGAGUUACACUAAGCACUUUAUUUUUAUUUAUUUUAUUAUUAUUUUCUUUUUUCUGAGAUGGAGUCUCUGUUGCCCAGGCUGGAGUGCAGUGGUGCAAUCUCGGCUCACUGCACCCUCCGUCUCCCAGGUUCAAGCAGUUCUCCCUGCCUCAGCUUCCUGAGUAGCUGGGACUACAGGCAUCUGCUACCAUGCCUGGCUAAUUUUUGUAUUUUUAGUAGAGAUGGGGUUUCACCACAUUGGCCAGGCUGGUCUCGAACUCCUGACCUCAAGUGAUAUGCCCGUCUCGUUCUCCCAAAGUGCUGGGAUUACAGGCGUGAGCCACCACGCCCAGCCACUACGCACUUUAAAACCAAAAAAAGCUCAAAGUGAUGGAUCAUUGUCCAUGGCAGGAGCCCCACCUUGGGGUAAGCCUAAUGUAGAUGGAUUAAUUUAGAAAGUGGUGUAUUUAUCAGGGCAAAGGAAAUUCUUCCAGAGGUGAUGAUGCGGCAUAUAUUCCCAGUGCUCUCCCACAGCAAGCUGGCCCUCUUGUCAUCAUUUCAGUGGGCGGCAGCAGCUGCCCCUCCUUCCACAAGCACUCAAACCUGUUUGUAAAUAAUGAAGGAAUUGAUGGGGUUGAGGAAAAGAGGUUCAUGUGACCAGGGUCCCAAGGCCACAGCUUUUCAGAUCCUAGGAAGCAAGUGGCAUUUGCUUGAGUUGUGGCCUCGGAAGGAUCAUGUUUAUCUGUUUUGUAACUUUGCUGACACCAGGAUUCUCCCUGUCAUUGAGAAGAAAGCAUUAUCUAAUUACCUUCAGGUGGUUUACUUAUUCUGUAAAGAAUAUGUGUAAAUAUUUUGUACAGAGCCCUGUAUCAAAUAAAUAGCCAUAUGUGGUUACUAAUCACCUCUUCUGUCAUUCUGUCCUUGCCCACCACUCAGUGGGAAUGGUCUCUGAUCUGGAUGCUCCCCACCUUCCAUGUCAGGCCCAGAACUAUGCCGUGGCCUGUGGAUCGUGGUCGGCCUUGACUGGCUAGGAGACCUUGGGCAAUAUCUACAGUCCUGCUGUUUCUAUUUCAUCUGCAAGAAGUAUGACCCACACGCUCCAGCUGCUGCCCAGGGCACCGUGAUAUUUUAUGUGUGUGUGUGUGUGUGUGUGUGUGUAGAUGUUUUUGUCCACAGUUCUGGUUCAUCACUUCCAUAGCCCUUUGUUGGGGCACUGCAGGCCUCAAAAAUGGAAUCUCUGUCUGUGACCUUAUGCCCUCAUUUCACUUGCUCAAUGCCAGACUCUAAUCUGACUGUAGCUCAUAAGACCCUCAUUCCAGAGAGGGUCCUGCCCCCUACCCGGGAAGGAGGAACGCUGCACAGAGAGAUCAGGAAGCAUCUAGACCGACAGGACUUGCUGGGUUUAGACCUUAUGCUUUUUGUCCAGUUUCAUCUCAACAUGGUUGCCAUGCUUCAGCCAUGCCUAUCCAAUGAUGUCUCCAUAAAAGGCCCAGGAAGGUAGGCUUUGGGGAGCUUCUGGAGAGCUGAACAUGUGGAGGGAGGGAGGGGAACGAGAAUUUGUCCAUGUGCCUAGAGGAUGGCACACCCCACUCCAUGGGGACAGAAGCUCCCUCAUUUGCCCAGGACCCUUCCAGACCUCACCCAGUGUGUAUCUUCAUCUGGCUGUUCACUUAUUUGUAUCCUUUCUAAUAUUUGUUAUAAACUGGUAAACAUAA